UUAAGAGACGCCGUACAAGACCAUAUAAGAGUACCAUAAUUCUACCUACCAAUUGUCGUCUUCUUUGCUUACUGUUAUUGUUAACUUUACUAUUUGUUUAUUUUCGUACAAUAUCUUAUUGCAGUUGGUAGAAAUAAUACUAGAGGAAUUAAAGAAAGAAAUUGUGGAAAUCAGAGCUGAAUAUGCACCACUCCGGAAAUAUUUGGAAGGUAUAGAUAAACAUUUAAGUCCUGUAAUGAAAAAAUGUGAUGAAAUAGGGCGGAGAAAGGAUGAAGUGAAUCAGCACAUUCUUAAUCUGAAGAGACAACAGGCUGAGACGAGAUCCAGAUAUCAAAGAUAUGUUUCAGUCAUGAACAAUGCCAGAAAACUUUCUCAAAAGAAAGAUGUGAAGGCCCUUGAGGAAUUGUCUCUCAGACAGGUUGGUAUAUUCAUGUCGAAAUGGAAUAAAAGUGAAGUUUUUAGGUGUAAUUAUGAGAAAAGCAUGGUGCAAUCUCUUCAGAUCCGUCAAUUAUACUGGGAUGGACGAAUCAGAAACUUGGACAAGGAAGAGGAACAACAACUCCUGUUAAACUGCUAAUAUGAGUUGUUGUGCCAGAAAAUGUGAUUAUAUGUUUGUAUAAGUUGCAUUUUCUAUUUUGGUUUUUUAUCUUAUUAGAUUUUUUUUCUUAUCUUAGUUUUGUUAACGUAAU